UGCAACUGGAGCGGGCCCAGUCAAAACGCUCAGCCCCAGCCAAGCCAAGCCGCUUCGCUAACUUGGAGACUCCUCUUCCUUGCCAGGCUUCUCGUCGUCACCAUCGCAAUCUGCAAAUAUUCUAUCACGGCACUCGCAAUCUGAACCUCGCCGUCAUGGUUUCUACCAUGCAAUAACGGUUUUAGCUUGUUUCGCGCUGCAUAGCACUCGUCACUUGCACAGCUCUCGCUGCCGCAGAGAGGCUCGAUUCGACAAACUAGUUGGCGGCCUCCCAGCCAUCUUCAACGGCCUCCAGCGGCCAAAUCGCCCACGAGGGCAAAUAUUACAACGCGCGACCGAAUUUAGAUACCGUUGAGAAUUAGCGACCGGUAUAGCGAUAUCACGAAAAAAGUACCGGCGCAAAAAUCAAAAGAACACGACCCACUGAGCCAAUCUCUCGCCACCGGCCUACCCUUCGCAUCAAACCACUUGCCGUCAACACGUCCCUUCGGUCGAGAUGCAACCAAAGAUUGGGAAGCGAAGCAUGGAUGGAGGUGCCAUUGCGGGCACUGUUGUGGGGGUUGUCAUCGCUGCUUGUUUGCUUGCAUUCUGUCUCUACCCAGUGAUCGUUGGCCGUAUCAAGCGACGGAACCGACAAAGGCGUGGCGAUGCGGAAGCCGCUAUUGAUCACACCUCCAAUGGCCAUGGCUCUGGAAAAGGGGAUUCUCACCAGAGAACCUCUUCUAGCGAAUCUUGCAAGGAAGAGGUUGACCUGGCAAGAGGGGGUUUCGACAGCAAGGCGGCGGAUCCCAUUGGACCAGCUGAACAUCAGCUUUCGCGUGGCGAUUCAGAUUUGAUUGCAUCAAAAUAUGUUGCUCAAUUUGGAGAGGAAUACAUGCCCCAAGAUUUGAAAGACGAUCAACCUGGUGUCUUAAAGGGAACCAGUGAAGACUACUAUCGCGUCUCUAUCCCAUCGGAAGCCUUUGGCAUGGUCACACAACCUGAGCAAGAGAUGGAGGUUUCCAAGUCACCGACCCCGUCGAGAGCUAGUAGUUUUACUCAUAAUGUUCGCCACAUGUUCAGACGGACGAACAGCCGCGACCAUACAAUUCCCGGAAGGAUAUCCCAGGAUGAAGGCUUCGGAGCUGCCGGCCAACAGCGUUCAAUCAAAAAGGAAGAACCAUUGACCGAGUCGCCUAUUGAGCACAUAUACCCUACUCCUCCGGCGGCUCCUAUUGUGGCCUCGGAAGCUAUUAAUAUCGAGUCUGGAGACGGUGACUUACCGUCAUCACCACCUUUAUCACCACGAGAAAUUGAGGCACAGCAGAGGCUCUCUGUUUCACCACCCCAACAUCCUGCUCCUGGCACUGUAAAUCCAAUGGAUAUUAUGCCAGCAAGCACACAAUCCGAACAUUGGCAUCGGACAGAACAUCAACUAUUUUCGACAUCGCACGAAUCUCCAAAAGCCGAACCAGAUAUGCAGGCUUUGUCCCCAGAACCCGCUGUCGUUGAGAAAUCACUAAGCCCGAUAGCAAAUGACACAUCGGACAACUUCGACGCCCUGUUCCAAUAUGACGAUUCAGAGUUGAAUGAUAUCAUAAUGGAUGGAAUGGUAUCACAUAACCAGUUGAACGCAGUGCCUACGAUAGAUCUCGGUCGGCUACCAAGUAACCCGUCUGAACAGUCUACACCGCUGCCUGGGCCUGCCUUCACUGACGCAUCCUCUCAACCGACACCAUCUACACAAACCGAUACACCAUCACCUGAAUCUAUCAUUGGCUCUGAUUUCAGAUCCAGCCAUUCUCCACAAAUCCCACAUCCCACAGCCCUUUCGGCGAAACCACAUCAUCAGUUUCGAUGCGAUGAACCUGGCUGUGAUCAAUCAUUUGACCAGCCUCAUAAACUCAAACAUCAUCAACGCUACCACAGUAAAGAUCACAAAUGCAUAUACCCUGGCUGUGGCAAGGGUUUCGGCACUAAAACACACCUUCAACGCCACAUCAAUGAUCGACAUGAAAAGAAGAAGAAGUUUCAUUGUUCAGUGGAUGGCUGCGAUUACUCUCGAACUGGAGGAAAGGCCUUUCCCCGUAAGGAUAACUGGAAGAGACACAUGACAAAGAUUCAUCAAUUAGAUCAACAGCACCUACCAGAACCUGUCGAGAUUGACGUGGAGAUGACUGGAGUUUGAUGGAGGGAAGCCACUCCCAUUCUGGAUUAUCAAACCGAAAACAACCCACCACCUUUGUACAUAUUAUCGCGACUAUUCUCUCUUGUAUCAGCCACAGAGGAAUAGUCGACAUUCACUGUCGUUAUUAGCGCGUAUUGCACCGAUUAGGCUUGCAGAAAAUGUUUGGGUACUGGGCACGGGGGGUCGCAACGUCAUUGCAACAGCGGCCAAGGGCGUUUUAUCAGCGCUUCUUAUCAUUUAGUUAUUAUUACAUGCAGGAUACCAUAUUUAAAGAU